CAAAACCGUCACGGUCACGUCAAUAUUCAAUAUUUACAUAGAUUUUAUUUUGCAAUUACCAUUAUUUUGUUUGUAAAUAACUAACGAGUGUCGUUAAUAUCCUUAUUAUUUAUCCACAAUGAUCAAGUUAUUGGUUAUUUUUCGUAAAAUCUAAGCGUUUACGCCUACGAAACGGAUUCAUCUUGGCGUAAAAUCAUUACAUAUGGAGUAAAACUGUUAACAACUAACGGUGCUUCGAGCUUAGGAAACAAUGUUCUCGGCAAUUAAAAGAUUAGCGAGCAAGGGCGAUGGGCCGAUUAACAACGGCCCCGCGUCUCGCCCUUCCAGCCACCAAACCAUGUCUUCGUCGUUGCAGAAAAAAUUCGCCAGAGGCGUUCAAUAUAACAUGAAAAUCGUUAUCAAAGGCGACAGGAAUGUCGGUAAAACGUGUCUAUUCCACCGAUUGCAAGGCAAAAAAUUCGUCGAGGAAUACAUUCCGACCGAUGAAAUCCAAGUAACGUCCAUACAAUGGAACUACAAGGCUACAGAUGAUAUCGUGAAAGUGGAGGUGUGGGAUGUUGUGGAUAAAGGCAAGAAGAAGAAGCAUUUCGAGGGUUUGAAAUUGGAGAAUACUCAAAUCGAAGUCGAGGAAGAGCACGCCUUAGACGCGGAAUUUUUAGACGUUUACAAAGGAACUAACGGAGUCAUCAUGAUAAUGGAUUUAACGAAAAAUUGGACGUUCGAUUACAUUCAACGAGAACUGCCGAAAAUUCCAGAACACAUUCCCGUUAUCAUUCUAUCGAAUCAUUGCGACAUGUCUCAUCACAGAACCGUUACGACCGAUCACGUUAACUACUACAUUGAAUCUAUAGCGAGUACUAGAUCAGCCCAAGUUCGUCACUCGGAAUCGUCGAUGCGGAACGGCUUCGGCUUGAAAAUCCUGCAUAAAUUUUUCAACCUGCCGUUCCUGCAACUCCAAAAGGAGACGCUGCUGAAGCAAUUGGAACGAAACGACGUGGAAACCGAAGCUACAAUUCAAGAAUUGGACAUGUACUGCCACUCGGACGAGGCCAAUUACGGGAAAUUUUUGGAAAACCUCGUCAAAAAGAGGAGAGAAGUGGCCGAUUCCAACGCCAACAUUCCACCACCUCUGGUCAAACCUCUUCCGAAUUCCGGCACCGAUAUGAAGAGGUCCCAAAGUGCUUCCAUAGUAAUAGGCGCCGGUAAACCGAUUCCGUACGGCAACGUCGCAUUGGCGGUAAAAAAACCGAUUCCCCAACAGAUAUCGAAGAGUUCCAGUAUGAGUUCUGGUUUUGUGUCGAAAUGGGGAACUGACACGAAAAUUGCAGAGAGCACGCCCGAUAUAAAAUCCCUGCAAAUAAGCCCUAUAAAAUCAGUCGAGGAGUUUUGCCCCGACAACGGCCAGUUGGGAGGUUUCCUGGACGACGUCCAAAUAGCUUCAUCUCAAAUCAACGAAGAAGACGAUUCAGGCACCGACACCGAUACCGGCAACCCUCUGGUCUCGGAAUUCCAAGACGAUUUCGAAGAGGAGAUGCCCAAACCGCUGAAACACUCGAAGAAGGUCGAAUCCUCUAACGGGGCGCCGAAAUUGCCGAAAUCCGACGAGAGCAAGGAGAACGAAGGCGACAAAAGUUUGCCCGAGGAUUACGAUAUGAAGCAAACGACCGAUGAGUUCGAUUCGACUAUCAACUCGGAAAUAUCGGAGCUCACCUCUGACGCGUACGAUGCUUGGAUUGGAGUUGAUACGAAAUGGCGUCGAUCGCCGGAAGGUGGCGAAGACAAUUCUGUGGUGAGUCAAACGUUAGAUUAUAGCAACAGCAACAGCACCGUUUACGACGAUAGCAACAGCGUUAAUUCCUCCAACGUGCACAUGGAACUGUUGAGUUCCAGGGCGAGUUUCCCGACGAAGUCCAGCGGCAAUAGCGAGGCCGAAGACGGCGGGCCGUCUUCUAAUUCCGCGGUGAAAGAGAAGAAACAGAAAGCGAAGAGCGUAAAGAAGCACAAGAAGAAAGAUAAAGAGAAGGAGAAGCCCAAAGAUAGCGAUAAGAAGGCGGACAAGAAGAACAAGAGGCGGUCGAGAGACGAGGCGUUCAAUUCGCACAAAGAUGAGCUGGAAGAAUUUUUAAACGGCACUACUAGUCCUCCGCUAGAGGCCGAUUACGAGGCUAUCUAGCGCAUGAUGCAUUUCAACAGACACAUAAUGGAUUUCUAAACAUAUUUGCGCUUUUUUCGAAUCUUCAAAAGCCGCAGGGGUUUGAAGUAACUAUGCCAAAACGUAAUUUUUAGCUAAUGUAAUUUCAAUGAGUCUGAUCACAUCCAUUUAGAUUUUGUUCAUGACAAAUCGAGAUCUCUUGUAGGAUAUUAUUUACGUAAAUCACAACGUGCGAUUGUGGAAGAUUUCGAGUCCUAAAAUAACGUUGUUUCUUAUUUAUUGUUUUGUAUUUACAAUAAUUCUACUUAAUAUGUUAUCUUUAGUCUGUUGGGCCUCUAUUUAACGCAGGAAUUCGAACAAUUGUUGCGUUCAAUACCCGCCUAAGGAGUUUAUAGUAAUUGUUAAUUUUAUUAGGUAAUUAUAACAAUUUAUGUUUUUAUAUUAAAAUAUGUCGUUAAA